UUAGGAGUGGAAGUAGAGGUACUUGGGGUAGAAUCUUGCUGCAAGCGGCGAUUGGCCGGCUGGUCGUGGAACACCGACGCAUUCCAGAUCGCACAGCCUAGUUUGCUGUUUUAUUAGCGUCGUGACAAGCUUCCUGUCCCUGGCUUUGGCUGGAAGCGGAGUGUGUUUUGGGCACAUUAUUCGAAAAGUCAGAAGUGUCAGUUGCGAGGUACGAGUAGUUUGUAGAAUUUGUCCAGAGUGUUCACCUCUGUUCUUCAUCAGCCAGCACCAUGGCGCACACGUCCGCCAAGAAGGGGAUCAGUAAGGUCUCAGGCGUGCCCAUGGUGGAUUUCGAUGUCUUGAUGAAGGAAGCGACUGAGUUUAUAUCGAAGGCGCUCAGCAAAGACGACGCCCCACCGAAAGAGAAGCAUGUUCGAAGUACCGUUGUAUCGACAUUUCAAGAGAACGGUUGUACGGUGUUCUGGUCUAUCGUGGAGAGUCGCCUUGGCCGACUCCCGUUCACUGCGCCCAUUGUCGGCUAUAAGACCUGCUUCACGUACCAUAGGAUACUGCGUGAUGGUCAUCCCAACGUGAUGAAGCAGUCCAAAGGUAGAUACCAACAGAUACUGCAUCAGAUGCGCUCAGGCUUUGACUUUAUCGACGACCAUGGUUACUGCAAACUGACUGGCAGCUACAUCAAAUUCCUCCUGGAGAAAGUCGACCUCCACUUGAAUAAUGAGUUCUUGCCAGGCUUGAUCCGAGAAGAUGGAAUUCAGCUGACUAUAUUCAAGAAGCCCAACAUGGAUUUGCUGUUUGAGCUUCUCACUACGUUGCUGACAUACUUAGAAACACAAGUAGAGUUUGUCACCCAGAUUCUCGGUCGAUUAGAUCCCAGCGCCAAGCUGCCCACGUCACACACGCACUGCGUCAUUCAUCCGCUUCUUAGUCUCAUUCCCGAAUCAUUUGACACCUGGAUGGUCAUUCAGGAGACCUACGUCGUUCUAACCAACAAGUUGGACUCCGAAACGCUGAAAGGCCACAGAGAGCGAGCGUUGGCUUCGCGAUCAAAGCUUUCUUCUGGACUGACAGCUACUACUCAGCUCAGUUACGUCAUGUCAAUCCUUGUCAAGAUUCCCGUGCUGCCGAAUUUGCCCGAGGCAUUUACCAAGCCGAAACCCGUCGAACAGCCGCGGAAAGUGGAAUUACCGCAACCCGUCGAUGCCCGACAUACCUUCAAUCGGAGGUUCUCGACCAAGUUUGACUUCCAGUCGGGCCCCAACGAACGUCAACUGCAAGCCAACGCACGGCAGAUUGCUGAGCUCAAUGCCCAGAUUGAGAAGCUGAAAGCCGAGCGAAUGGAGGAUCACCAGCGUCUGUUUGAUGCCAAGAACGAGACUCAGAUGCUGAAGAACGAGAUUGCUGAGAUGAAGCGGGAAAAUGCCGAGCUCAAAGACCAGGUCGAAGUGCAUACGGCCAGCAUGGAAACGAGCGAGCACCUCGCGGCGGCCAAUGCCAAGUUUACACGCCUGAAGGAGCUGUACACCGAGCUGCGAAACAAUCACGUCGAUCUUAUCCGAGAGAAAGCGAAGGCAGAGAAGCAGGCGGCAACUCUGAAGGAUCAAGUCGUGGACCUCGACGCCGAGAAAGAGGCAGUAGCAUCUUCCCUGGAGGCCGCACAACAGGAACAAGACGUGCUCAAGGACACUGUCCGUCGCAUGGAGGAGCACAUUUCUUCUAUUGAAGAGCGAUCGAGUGCCGCCGACAAAGAAGCUCAAGAUCAAAUCGAGUUACUGAAUCAGGAGCUAAAGGAGCGCGAAGAGAAGCUUGAAAAGCUGAACAUCGAGUUCACAACCGAGCAGGCGGAGAAGAAGAAUGUCCAAGCACAGCUCGAACAGUCACAGGGUCAAGCGGCAGAUACGCAGACUAAAUCUGACAGCCUCGAAGCCACCCUCAAGGAACAGAUUGCAAACUUGGAGACACAGCUGCAGGAUGGCAAGCAGAAGAUCGAGAAAUUGCAAGUGGAAUUCGAGACUGAACAAGGCGAAGCCAAGCGUCUUGGCGGCGAGCUAUCUAAUGCACAGGAGAAUAUCGUGCUGCUAAAGCAGAAUUCCUCCAGUAAGGACAAAGAGCUGACGGAGAAGAUCGAGUCGCUGCAAACACAGCUGUCCGAGCGACAACAAGAGAUGGAGAAACUGACCGUGGAGUUCAGCACACAGCAGAGUGAGUCUCAGGAGCUGGCUAAAGAGUUGGCUGCUGCACAGGAACUUACCAUUACGAUGAAGAAGGACGCCGACGAGCAAGAGAAGCUGUCUGUGGAGAAAAUCGAGGGUCUGCACAAGCAGCUGAGCACACGGGAAGAUGAGUAUAAGACAAUGACCGUUCAGUUCACGUCCGAACAAGAACAGACGACUCAACUGAAGACCGAACUUACAACGACCAAGGACCAUGUCUCUACUCAGAGUGAGGACCUUGCAAAGGCACUUGCCGAGAUUGAACGUCUCCGUGCGGAUAUGGAGGCUCGGCUGGCUGCUGAGAAGAACCGCCAGGGAGACUUGAACCAUUCCGUUCUCGUACAAGCAAUGGAGUCUGCACAGGAGGAGAUCAAGGAGGCCGGUGGUAGUGGCACCCGUACAGUAUCCGCCGCUGCUCUUGUGGACUGCACCCAGUCUGCACUGCGUCGUUGCGAUGAGCUUAGCAACGCCCUUGAGGACUACCAGCGUGACGACACCACUGUACCGCAAGCAUCUGCAUCUGUCAAUCACCUCAGCCAUAGCCUGUGUCGUAUUGUGGAGGAUGCUAACUCGGUGGCAGCUGCUAAUUCUAGUACCGCCAUGGUUGAUCAAGUGCAUCGUCUGACGGAUGUCAGCAACGCGUCGCUGGAAGCACUCAAGGCGAAAAAUGCAGAUUCAUCAGUUAUCUCCCAGUCCGUCUCCGCCAUACUGGAUGUCGUCAAGAGCAUCAACUCACAAGCUAAGGAAUUAGUGCCGGCUGAGCAGAAGCAGAUUGAGGAAGUUGGUCGGUCGGUCGAGUCACAGAUGAACUUGAUGGCAGAUGCUGUGACACAAGCCGCAAAGCGUAUUGAGGCAAUGAUGGAGAGAAGCAAGGAAACUGACACUGGUGAGCAGCUUGAAGUAAACUCCAGGAUUCUGGACUCAUCGUCAGACCUGAUGGAGGCUAUCCGCGUACUCAUCGAGCAGUCGCGAGCCCUGCAGAAGGAAAUUGUUGAUGGCGGCAGAGGUAACCUGAGUGCGGAUCAGUAUUACCAGAAGAAUAGUCGGUGGACGGAAGGCCUUCUGUCUGCAGCACAGAUGGUCGGACAUGGUGCUCAGCAUCUUGUCGAGUGCGCUGAUCAAGUUGUUACCGGCAAGGGCAAGUUUGAGGAAUUGGAGGUGGCAUCUCAUGACAUCGCUGCCAGUACAGCUCAGCUGGUGGCCGCAUCACAAGCGAAGGCCGAUCGCAACAGCAAGCUGCUCGUAUCGCUAAAGGCUGCCUCUAAGAUUGUCACGGAAAAGACCGGCCAUGUUGUUGUGUCCGCAAAGAGCGGCGUCAAAGCCAAAAAGAAGGCCGAACAGCCAGACUUUACCAAGCUCAGUGCCAUUCAAGGAAAACGCCGCGAAAUGGAAAUCCAGGUUCGACUCCUUGAGCUGGAAUCGGAGGUUGAGCAUACGCGAGAGCAGCUGGGAGAGGUUCGACGUCUUGGCUACUCGGGCGCCAACAACAACAGUUCUCGGCCCGGCGGUUCUGGCAAGACAUCGCCAUACUGAGACUGAGGGCGCGCCAAGCAUUCUGCACGGCCCACCACAGCACACCUACCAUGCCCAGUCGGCAUUCCGUCGGCACAAACACGUUAGAGCGUGCCACCAAGCUGUGCAUGAGCAAAUGGUCAAACUAGUGCCUGCACCAUGGCCCACUUUUUCUCUUUUUUAAAUAUUUUUGUUCACCGGGCUGGCUCGCAUCAGCGUGGAGCCGGCCGCAAACACAGUUUUCUUUUAGCGUCGAAGAGUUUUUUUACGCCUUUAGCGCUGCUGCUCGAUAGCUAGUGCAGUGGGUCACCCGUGUUCUUGCGAGUCCACGCCGCGGAGAAUCAACUGCGUGUCCGUCGUAGAUAGGGGCUCUUCGAUUUCUAGCUAUGUGUAUUUACCCCCAACUAAUAGUGAGAUAGGUAUCCGUUACUCGGCACUUGAUCCAGAAGCAGAAUCAGAUCUUCCAGAUUCUGAACGGCUCUCGCACGACGCAGAUAAGCACUCGAUCCGGACACGGAAUCAGCUCUUCCAGAUUCGGAACGAGACUCGUGCUACGCGGAUGCGUGCGAGCACUCGAUCUGGACACAGAAUCGGCGCUUCCGGAUGCGGAACGACGCGCUUCGCUCGUUCUCGCGCCAAUGCGAAGUGUCCGGCGUGUGCCCAUGUGCGACUCGCUGUGUUGCCUCCGGCUAACGCUUGGUACGCAAUGUUUGUAUUGAUAGCACUGUCCCGCAUUGGUAUCUCACGGCGAUAUCCAUAUAUAGCAGUAUCAACUAUGUACCAUGCAUAGGUCUAGAAAUUAUGGCACUGCUGCUGCUGCUGCUUUUUUUCUUCUUCUUUUUUUUGCACAAAAUUUCUAUCAAUUGAGAGAGAAUGGGCGACGGCCUAGCUUUGCUUGCUGUUUUGUAUAUUUGUAUGCACGCAUUUGACUUGAUAUUCGAUUUUCUGCUAAUAGCAUGCCGGUUCGCCCUGCAAUCCCCAGUCCCAGCCCACUCCAACGCUCUAUAUGCAGUCUAUUCUGUAGACCUACCUUAUUUGGGGUGACCUUUUUUUUUGUUUGCUGCUUGCGUCGCGGCGGGGAAAGAACGUGCCGUCAGAAAGACGGUGCUGCUGCUACUGCUACUCUGUUUAUACUACUGUCCGUGAUUUGCAGUUUUUCGCCACCCAUCACCCAUCACCCGCCACCGGAUUCUCAACACAGCGAUCACCAUGGCUACCGAGAUUGUCAAUGCAUCAGUGUUUCCCCGAUACCCCUGCGAAUACUCGCUUCCUCUACUUCGUAGUUCAGUGUGCUGUGGUGCAAGUGUAUAAUACUGUGGAUGUACUGAUUGCCAUCUGGUUUCUUCCGUUA